AAAGCUGUGUGGAGAAGAGAAAGUCGUUGAUAUAUUUAGUUUAAAGAGAUCUAGACUAGAAAAAGGAGUUAAUUACGACGCGAAAACUUGGCAAAGACAACUACUUUCCCGCUUUAAAGCGGUGCGAGAGGUCCCAGGAUUGGGGUUAGCCUGAAUAAUCUAGUCCAGGUCAACACAGGAAUGAUGGUAACGAUGACGUCAGGCGUAAACAAAUCUUCAUGACAUCACGUUAAAAUACAACCAAUAGUUGUUUACCGGAUGACUUUUUAAUUGCUGCUCGAGAAAUAUUCGAGAAGUAUUCCAACUCCCGGACGUUUUAUUAACAAUUAUUUUAAGCGUGUACACAUUCACUGACUUGUCUAUUGAAAAAUCUACUUCAAAAUGGACUAUGACAUAAUGAAAGCAGGCUGGAUGCAUCGGCAGAGUAGCAUCUUGCAUCGCUGGAAAAAGAAUUGGUUUGUCCUCUACAAGAGUGGCAAGCUACGCUAUUUUGAGAGCCCACACAGCCGCUGCUGUGAUGAUGUCUUGAUGAUCCCUUCAGCAUUGGUGUGUAUAAAAACAGGUAAAGAGGUGGCUAUGUCCAACCCACUUCCUUCACACCUGAACCGCAAUUGUCUGAUAGAAUUGGUAGCACGAGACAGAAGGUUGUUGUUGUGUGCAGAAAGUUCUGAUGACACAAGUGCUUGGAAAAUGGCAAUUGAAGAAGCCAGAGCAGUUCAUGCAACCCGACGAUUUUCAGACACAUUCCGACCAGAUCAUCACCAAGGCAUGGAGCCACCACCUUCUUAUGCUGAGCUUUACAACCAACCUCAGAUUUUAACAUAUGCCACCAAUGAGUAUCCAACGGGCUAUUCUGUGCAUCAUGUUAAUUCUUUACCUUAUGGUACCAGACAGAUUUACGUACAAGAACCUUAUCGCGAGCGUUAUACCGGCUGUGACGUUGCAAUGGGUGUGGCUACCGGUGCUCUAGUCGGGUCGAUGCUAUGGUCACCGUUUUUGUGGUGGUGGUAAACUUCAUUAUGAAUGACCCCGUUAAGAUUUUGCCCUGCAUUAUUCCACCUUUUCUUGUUUUGUUUCCCCUCAUUUAAAUAAUUAAAAUGUAGAUCAUUAAAUGAGUUCAUAGAUAUUUAAACACAAGCAUGAUGGUUCUGGUCAUUUUGUUACAUACUGAAUAUGAUAAAAUUACAUUUGAUCUUACUGUAAGAUCAUUUGACUAUAUAACAGA